AUGCCACACAGCAAUUCCAGCGUGGUGACUGAGAUUUUCCUCUUGGGAUUUAAUUUACAAAGUAUUAAGAUUUUUUGCUUCCUUCUACUUCUGAUCAUCUUCUGUAUGACUCUAAUUGGAAACCUCCUCAUUAUUCUGGUGGUGUCCUACAGCAGAUCUCUCCACUCUCCCAUGUACUUCUUACUCACACAGCUCUCCGUCACAGAUAUUCUACUCUCCAUCACCAUCGUACCUAACAUGCUCCGUGUUGUGUUGUAUGAAGGCAGUUUUGUGUCUUUUAUUGGAUGUUUGAUUCAAUUUUAUGUUUUUUCAGCCUCAGAAUCUUCAGAAAGUCUUCUCCUGAGUGUGAUGUCCUAUGACCGGUAUCAGGCCAUCUGUAACCCUCUACAUUACAAUAUGGUUAUGGACCUCACAUUUUGUAUGAAGGCCGUUCUCUUGUGUUGGGUGAUGAUUUUUGCUGUUAUAUUGGCUCUAUCGGUAACAAUGAAUUUUUUGUGGUUCUGUGGACCAAACAUCAUUGACCAUUUUUUCUGUGAUUUUGAUCCAUUACUUGAACUUUCCUGCUCAGAUCCAUUUUUUUUGAAAGUAGAAGACAUGAUAUUGGCCAUACCAUUUGCAGUUUGCCCAUUUUUUGUUAUUCUGGUCUCAUAUGUGUAUAUUAUUAUCACCAUAAUGAAGAUCCCAUCUGUGAGUGGGAGGCAGAAGACCUUCUCCACCUGCAGCUCUCACCUGGCCGUGGUGUCUUUAUAUUACGGGUCACUUCUCAGUAUCUAUUUAUUUCCAAAUAAGAAAAGUGUAAAGAAAACCCUCUCCCUAUUCUACACUGUAGUGACUCCGCUUCUCAAUCCUAUGAUUUACAGUCUGAGUAAUAGAGACAUUAGACAGGCCUUUAAGAAGCUCAAAAGCAAAAUGUCUUCUGCCCUUUAA